GUGAGAUAUACAUCCGUUUUUUCUACAUUAUCCUGAAGUUAGCCGCGCUGUCAGGCUGACCAUGAAGCAUUUGAGAGCGCACUGUACAAAAUAUUUCAUCAAGUAGGGGGAUGGCCCCAUGGAGGACGUCAAAAUCUCUUUCCAAGGACCAACUAAAUCGUUUGCUUGAGCAUAAGUAUCACUGUGAAGGAGGAAGUAUAUGCGACAGCAUUUUCAAAGAUUUUUGGUUGAAGUCUUCACUAUAUGUUCCCACAUACAUCGCUCCGAAUACUCUUACUUUAAUUGGUCUUCUUGCUAACUUAUUUUCGAUUUGUUUACUUCUUAUAUACGGAGCUGGCCCAAUAACUUCACUACUGUUCGCGGUUUGUGUUUUUAUAUACCAAACCUUAGAUGCGUUAGAUGGUUUACAUGCCCGUCGCACAGGUUCCAGCUCCCAACUAGGAGAAUUAUUCGAUCAUGGAUGUGAUGCUAUAUCAACAUGUAUUCUACCGAUUGGUUAUUUCAUCACUAUUGGUUUCAACGAUUGGCCUGUAUUAAUGUUUAUACAAUACUUCUGUAUACAGUCCUUAUUUUAUUUAGCUCAUUGGCGGUGUUACGUCACAGGAAUUCUGUCGUUUGAUCGGGUUGGGGUGACUGAAGGCCUUGUAAUCGGCAUGGUAACAUCUAUGAUAACAUCAAUAUUUGGAUCUUCUUUUUGGAGUAUUAAAGACCCAAUUUUCAGUAUAGAAUUCAGGGUCAUUCAGUUCUUGGCGUUCUCCGCUUUUAUGCUUCUCAUCAUCGUUCAGUUUGGCGGUACAAUUUCAAAGGGUGGUUGUGGUAAAUAUGGAGCGACGAUUGCUAAUACCAGUAUUUUAUUCCCAUUCUGUCCUCUGGCAUUUUCCGUUGGUCUGGCUGUUGUAGUUGCUGUCAAUUCUCCGAUAAACCUUUAUCAUCAGUCACCCUUUAUUUUUCUUUUAACCUUUGGAUUUAUUGUAGUUAAAGUUUCUCAACGUUUGGUGAUUGCUCACAUGACAAAGAGUUCUAUUAAUUUAUUUGACACAGUUAUGUUUGGAGCUGCCUUGUUACUCGUAAAUCAGUAUUUUAAAUGUCCCUUCAACGAAUUUGUAAUCCUAUGGUUAUCCAUGAUAUUUGGAUUUGUGAACGUCAUGCUAUACGAUGCUGAUAUAUGCAUCCAAUUAGCUGAUUUCCUCAAUAUUUACAUAUUUCAUGUCGGUCGACCAGCAAAUACUCGCCAAAAUGCCAAAAAUCCAUCAGUCAAUUCAUCAGUUCAACAGCAUCAGGAUAAUGCCUACAGGCAUUCGAAUCGGGCUAGAAACAAUCCUCAGCAUAAGUGAUAUUAUUAGUCACUUUUUCUACCUACUACUACUUUAUAUUUCUUUCAAAUGAGAACAGUAUAUAUAUAUAUAUACCAGGUGACUCAUGUUCUGUAACUCUGAUAAACAUUUGUGUGUUUGUCUUCUGUGUAUAGUUAAGCAUCAAUUCGAAUCUCUCGAAUCUUGCCAUCCUCUCAGAUUGUGAUGUAUUCCAUUAAAUCAAGUAAAAAAGUCCUUUACGCAUUCUCUGCUGUAUAAAGUUUCACAUAUACUAUUUAAUGUACAUUUAUGUGUUUUUGUAUGUGUGUAUGCACGUAAUACUAUCUCUAUCAGUGUUUAGCCUAUACCUCUCAAGUUUUCGAUAUAUAUAUAUAUAUAUAUAUAUAUAUAUAUAUAUAUAACUUCGUUAUUAACUGUGAAAUGCAUAAUUCUUUUUUUUUCUAUGAAUAUUCCAUGCAACAUUCACUAUGUCUCGAAUCCUCUUUGUUUAUCCUAUCGUUUAUAUAUAUUGUCCCCUUUUUUUGUGAGUGCGCCGUCUCUGUACCUAUCGAAUUAUUUCCUUUAAUAUUGUUUUUCGCUUACUAUUAAUAUUGAUAUUAAUAAUAAUAAUAGUAGAAAAUUUCUGUUUAUCAUUAGGAAUUAUUUCCUGUAAUUUCUUUUUUUAAAAAAGCUGUUUUACACAAUCAUGCUGUAUAUUCAUGUGUCUGUGUUCCUUUGUGUGUAGAGACAUGUGUUAAAAUAAUAAUAAUUUAUUAGUUUGACGACUUGAUGAUAUACACACCUAUCUAUCUACUUACCUACCUAUCUACCUACCUACCUACCUACUUAUUUAAAUAUGACUAACUAACUAGUCUUUUCUCAAUCUUCCAAUUUUCACAUGUUCCCUCUUCCAUGUAGACAUUUUUUUCCCAUCUUGUUAAAUUAUACAGUACUCUAUGAAAAGUAUUAGAUAAAGAUGAUGGAAUAACAACUACUUAUAUUGCUGAUCCAAUUACUGAAUGAACCUCCUCUCCUAACACCUAUUAUUGUUAUUAUCACAUAUACAAGGGACUGUUUCCUUUCAUUUUGUACAACGGAGUCGUGUAGUCUAAACACUGAGAGUCGUAUGCUUCGAAUGUUUUAUUUUACAUUAUUAUAGCGAAAGAUGGAUGGAUGAAUGUAACUUUCUAUACCAUGUAUACCACUGGAAGAAGUGUUGUGGCUCUUUUUCUGUUGUGUGCUUUCUUUUUCAAUGAUGGUUUCUUUUGUUUACAAUCAUUUCUUUAUAUUUCAUUUUUCCAAAAAAACAAAAUAAUAAUAAACAGAUUUUAAUUUUCGUUGAACAUUCUCUAAUCUUGUGCUGAUGACUUACUUGACGGAAUAAUCG